AUGGCUGCCGCCAUGGCCAACACAAUCGUCUCUGAAACCCUCAAGCCCAGGCAGUCAGUGCGCUUCGACGACGAUGUCCCUUUUUGGUGGACUGAGAAAGGCUACAUCGUCAAAUGGGCAAUCUUUGCCUCACUGUUCGGCAUCCUCACCCUUUGGAUCUGCAUAGGCUACGUCCAUGCCCGCGCCCGUCUCCGGAAGGGCCUGCGACCGUUGUGGUAUCACAGGUGGCUGGUCAGCAGAGCAGAGCUCGCCCGCGUCGACCCCCGAUACGCAUACCCCCGCCCGACCGGCUACUACACCUACCGCCCCCACGAGCAGGACUACUACGCGAUGAACAACAUGCCGCCGCCGCCCGUCUACGACGCCGCCGCCGCGCGCCCGCCCGUCUACGAGGGCCCCUCGGGCGGCUCCAAGGUCGCGCCGUCGCAGUGGGCAGAAGGCGCGCCGCCGCCGCCCGGACCGCCGCCGGCGGCGCACCAGCCGCAGCGGACGGGCGUGGACGACUUUGCGCCGCCGCCAGGACCACCACCCGCAGGCCGGUCGUGA